AUGCCUCAUGGAGUUGAAGGCUGCGAGCCUACUGGAAAGGGUCGAUUUGCUGUUGCAUAUGAUCCUUGUCUCAUUGGCGCCAGAAAGGUUCUUGCUGCUAGUGGUGGGGAGCUCUUACCUGCGAAUCACAGCAGACUGGACGAUGGCAAGCGCAUCCUUAUCGACAAAGCAGUCAAGACCGGCUUAGCCUUCUUGCUGACGAUUCCAGUCCUGGUUCUAACUUGGGGUGAGGAUGAUAUCGGGACUUCCAAAGCAAGUCUGUCCGUAUGCUUCGUGCUGGCAACUCUGGUACAGUCCAUUGCCUAUCCUGAAUUUUAUAGACCUGCGAUCUCCUCGCUGGUCUACAAUCGCGUCAUCGAAAUGGACAUGCUGGUCGUCAUUAGCAUCUCUGCUGCCUAUGGUUAUUCUGUCGUCGCCUUUGGCAUUGAGCUCAGCGGCCAACUUCUUGAGACCGGAACCUUGUUCGAGACAAGCACACUGCUUAUCGCAUUGGUACUACUAGGUCGACUACUGGCUUCCUGGGCUCGUAAGAGAGCCAUCACUGCUGUCUCAUUGGGCUCACUCCAGGUCUCGAUGGCCAAGCUAGCUUCUGGUGAAGAGAUCGAUGCUAGGCUUCUCCAUGUGGGUGACCUGAUCAAGCUGCAGCCUCACACGAAGAUCGUAACAGAUGCCAUCAUUCAGGAGGGCGCUGGUGAAGUUGAUGAGUCGAUUCUCACCGGGGAAAGUCUACCUGUCCAGAAGAGCAUUGGAGACAGUGUCAUCGCCGGCACACUGAAUGGCUCAACUCUGCUGAAUGCGAGAGUCUCUCGACUGCCUGGGAAGAACACGAUCAACGAUAUCGAGAAUCUCGUCAACCAGGCACAGAAUGCGAGACCCAAGACCCAGGAGUUGGCCAAUCGUAUCGCGGGCUAUUUUGUGCCGGUGAUUGUCUUCGUCGCUGUCGUUGUCGCAAUCACCUGGGCCAUCGUUGCUGUCAAGGUCCGGAACAGGAGUGCCAACGUCGCAGCUGGACUGUCCAUCAGCUAUGCUAUCGCUGUGCUCGCUAUUUCUUGCCCAUGUGCUCUCGGCCUCGCCGUGCCCAUGGUUCUCGUCGUCGCAGGCGGAGUCGCUGCACGUGGAGGCGUCAUCAUUAAAUCUGCUGAGGUCACUGAACGAGGCCACAAAGUCACGGAUGUUAUCUUCGACAAGACUGGCACACUCACAGAGGGGAAUCUGGAAGUGGUCCACCAGGACGUCAGAAUGGAGAACGUCCUAGGCGUGAUCCAAGCCAUGGUGUCAGACAAUCAGCAUCCAGUCUCUCGCGCCAUCGCCGAUUCGAUUACCGACACAGCAUCCACAGAUGUCCAUAACGUUGUCUCAAGCCCUGGCGCCGGGAUUGAAGCUGACUGGCACGGCCAGCACGUAAAAGCAGGCAAGGCAGAAUGCUGGGCGUCAACAUCGAAUCCUCCUUAG